CAAAUUCUCGAAUCUAAACUAGUAAAAUCCCAUGCAAUUUCUGUAUUUGGUAUAACGACAACCUAUUUAAUGAGAAUAAAGUUAGCCACCUCGCAUGUUACAAAAUUACUCCAUUAUUUAUACAUUUAUUUAAUCCAUGCCUCACUCUCAUUCAUCAUUCCUCCCAAAAGAAAAGGAAAAAAAGAAAAAAAAAAGCUCAACAAAACAAAAGGAAAGCAACAAAGCUCGCGAAAUUUCGAGAAAAAUCGAGGUGGUGAAGAUCAGCGGGAGAUGUGCUGCGGCGACGGCGAUUGCAGGCCUCUAGGGUUCCUGCUGGGGCUGCCCUUCGCCUUUCUCUCUCUAAUCAUCUCUCUCAUCGGCAUACUCAUCUGGAUCGUCGGGUUGUUGCUGAGCUGCAUAUGCCCUUGCUGUCUGUGCGUGACGCUGCUGGUGGAGAUGGCGCUCGAGCUCAUCAAAGCCCCCAUUCAUGUCAUGGAGUGGUUCACUUCUCAGAUCCCUUGUUGAUUUCUUAAAUUUUUUUUUGAAAUUAUAUUAUUUUGGUGUGUGUGUGUGUGUGUGUUUGAUCUUGAUUUCUCGUGAUAUCGAGUUUCUUCACAAUAUAAUUCUAGUUUUAUGCUGCUGUGUGGAGAUAUAUUUUUUUUUAAAAAAAAAAAUUUGCAGGAAAAUUUCUUCUUUUUUUUUUUGAAAGGAGGAAAACCUCUUCUUAAUCAUCAAAAAAAUCAUGUGAUUAUUAAUGAGAUGUUAUAUACCAAAAAUACCAAUAAAUGAGAAACAUUAAUUCUGAAAUUGUUUUCGUCUGUGUUAUUAUUUUUUUUUUUUUUGAGGCAAUGAAAUAUUAUGUCUUAUCAUAUAAUUCAAAUGAAGUUAUCUUUGUAUUUAAUUACACCUCAUAUGUAUUGACUAAAUAAUUUGAAAAAAGCAUCAGUAGUAAAGAGGAUAAGUGAUCAACUUUUGAGAAAGUGUAUACAAAUAUACUUUUUCUUAGAAUAUAGUAUUAUCUUUUCCUUCGAAUAUUAUUGAUGGGACUCGUAAUAAUCUUACAUAACUCAUGCCAGCUACAAAUUGAUUCUCUAUUUUUUUUUUUGCCACAAUUGACAAUUAAUUAAAUUGGUUCUCUAUUUCAAUUUUGAAAAUUAUGAGAUUCUUUGGUUAAGUUUCAGAGCCGAAUGCAAAAGUAGAAAUAAGUUACUACACAAAAUCUUGGGUACAUCUGAGUGUAUCGUACAAUCGAAUUGACCCAUACCCAGAAUAGUAUUAUUUAUAUGGGCUGGGCAGGUUAUGGGUUCAAAUCAGGGUGCGGGUCAAAAUUUAAGUGAAGGUAUAACCCGAUUGUACGGUGUACACCCGGGAGAAUAUUAUUUAUAUGAAGAGAAACAGAUGUAUAAAGGGCAUAAGAUUGAUACAAAAGCUAGUAUUUUUAUAAUAAAACUACAUGAAUUUGUAAUCUUUCAUUUCACCAAUUCAGGCAAUUAAUUAGAUCUCAUCAAUUGCCUGAAAAACAAUAAACUAGUUUACAUUUGUACCCCUCUCUUAUUAAAUUACUUUCACAACAAAUAUGAAAUUAGAAAGAAAGAAAAAUGAAUUUCCUCUCUAUCAACACACCCUAAACCCUACACACAUUUGUAACUCAUUUCUCCAACGUGGUGACUCAAACCUCCAACCUAUCGGUUGAAAAGAAAGCGUCUUACCAAUUGAGCUGUACUUUAUAGUCGAGACCCUUAAUUUUCUAUAACUAUAGACACAUAAAUAUGAACCAAUGAAAUGAAUGACUCUCACAAGAACCAAACACGACUGGGAGAUAGAGAAUCUAAAACCUAGCCUCGACGGACCAACGCUCAACCAACGAGGGCCGUGUAGAGCAGCUGAUUCCACGUGUCGGGGAGGCCGGGGAGGCACCAAUGGCUGCAGUCCAAGCCAUUGUGGAGGCUAUAGUAGGUGGGGUGUGCAUCUUUUCUGUAUUGAGAGAGAAGUGUGAUGUCAAGCAAAUACACAGGCUUCUUCACUCUGCUCAACACUUUGUUCACUACAACUGCUGCUGUUGGUGUGCCUGCUGGAUACUUCAAUCCAAAAUAUGGCUGUGUCUCACUUUUACAUGAUUUUGAUGCCUCACCCCAAUCCCUUCCCCUG